AUGGGCGAUUCGAACAGUGCCAGCUCUACCAAAGUUACGUUCAAAAUCACACUCACGAGUGAUCCGAAGCUGCCCUUCAAAGUGUUGAGUGUUCCGGAGUCAGCCCCUUUUACUUCCGUACUGAAAUAUGCCGCCGAGGAAUUUAAAGUACCGCCGGCUACUUCAGCUAUCAUCACAAAUGACGGUGUCGGGGUGAAUCCUGCCCAAUCCGCGGGCAACGUCUUUCUCAAGCACGGGAGCGAGCUUCGACUAAUUCCACGGGAUCGAGUCGGGCGACCGGAAUCUUACUAUUUAGACAAGCAGAAAAGUGAUAUGAAGCUUACGCCAAGUCAGAAAGAGCUCGUCAACUCUGGUAUUGAAUGGGGAACCUUUGGUUUUCGAUGGGGUGUCGUGCCAUUGAUUGUUUAUCUUGGAUUUCGAAGUGGACCUGAACCGCUCCCAAAUGGACAGAUCGUUCCAUUUACCGUAUUUUCGCUGAUUUGGGGU